AUGAAUAAAGUAUAUUGCUUUUAUGCAUUGCAUUACUUAUUUGUUCUGAAUUCAGUUCUUUGUAGACGUUCGUUAGCUCCGUUUGACGUUCGUAUUGAUCAUCAUAAAGUUGAAACAACGAAUGAUUUGAUUGUUAACACACCCCGGCCGAGAUUCUCUUGGAAAAUUCCUGUUUCGGACGAUGCAUUACAACGAAAUAUUCACCAAGCUGCUUAUCAAAUUCAGCUAGAAUCGAUUAAAUUAACUGCGAUAGAGAAACCAUUCCGAUGGGACAGUGAGUGUAUUCUUUCGUCAGCGUCGAUCCAUGUUCCAUAUACGAAUAAAAAUGAUCUCCUACCCUCGACAUAUUAUCGUUUUCGCAUUCGAAUUUGGACGACAAAUUCUAAUGAAUCAAGUCAAUGGACCGAUUGGAUUCAGUUUCGAACUCCGAUAUUUGAUCUCUAUCGAUAUAUUAUCAAUGAAGAUGAUCUCAAUUGGAUUGGUUCAACAAAAAUAAACAUGAACGAAUUACGAAAAGAAUUUACGGUGCCAAAUACAAGUCCAGUGAAAUCAGCCUUUGCUUACGUAUCUGGCUUGGGCUACUAUGAAUUUUAUUUGAAUGGGAAUAAAGUAGAUCUGAGUCGAAAGUUAGAUCCUGGAUGGACAACGUAUGAAUUACGUACUUUACUUGUUGCUUAUGAUAUCACUUCGAAUAUCACGAUUGGUACGAAUGCAAUUGGAAUUAAAUUAGGUAAUGGAUGGUAUAGUCAAGAGCAACACGGUGAAUCUGCUUACGGUCCACCACGUCUUCUUUUCACCCUGUUUAUAACGUUUAUGAAUGGUGAUGAAGUGAAGGUUUUCAGUGAUCAGACAUGGACUGGACGAGAAGGUUCAAUUAAACACGAUAGUGUUUAUAAUGGUGAAUUUUAUGACAGCCGAAACGAUCGUCCGAACUGGGCUCGACCAGGAUUUAAUGAUUCGUUAUCAGCAUGGAUCAUGCCGGAUUUGCUACCAUCGCCAGUGAAUAUGUCGCUUGGUGGAAUCAUCAUUGUGCAAGAUAUGCCGCCAAUUCGAGCUGGAAAUGAUGCUUUACAUUUUGAAGUGUCAACGGAUGAACAACAACGAAGUUAUUUGAAAGCCGAAGAGUUAGGAGAUAUCAAAGGUGCUCGAUUAGCGGAUGGUGGUGUAUUAAAACCUAUCAAUAUGUGGUCGUCUGACUCAGGUCUUAUAAUAUUUGACCUCGGUCAAAAUAUGGCUGGAUGGUGCCGAAUAAAAUUUCGCGGACCACCCGGUUAUGGUGUUUACAUUCGUCAUGGAGAAACAAUCACUCUCCCAGAUAUAGCAACUAAUCGAUCGGCUCGUAAUAUUUAUACGGAAAAUCUUCGUGCUGCCACAGCAUCUGACACAUAUGUUCUUCGUGGUGAUCCUGCUGGUGAAGUUUAUGAGCCAACAUUUACCGUUCACGGUUUUCGUUAUCUGUCUGUCUUUGCUCCACCGAAUGCAUUGACAAAAGACGAUGUGGAAUGUCCGUUCGUGCAUAGUGAAACAACACUGAAAGGUAGUUUUAGCACAAGUAAUCCCGUCGUCAAUCAAAUUCAACAUAAUAUACAGUGGGGACAAUUAAGUAACAUUAUGUCUUUACCAACUGAUUGUCCACAACGAAACGAACGCAGAGGAUGGCUUGGCGAUGCUGCACUGUCAGUCGAUGAAGCACUAUACAACUUUGAUUUAAUUAAAUUUUAUCAAAAUUUCUUGAACUUAAUUGUUGACGUUCAACGACCUGAUGGUCAAGUGCCUAACUUUGUGCCUGGGAAUUCGUAUCCAGCCGAUUCUAAUUGGGGUACAGCACUGCCAACCAUAACUUGGCAAGUAUAUCGUCAUUACCACGAUCUCCUUACUCUUGAAAGCUAUUACAAUAACGUUGUUCAAUAUGUCGAAUAUCUUCAUAAUGUUUACAAUACAACAGGUCUCGUUAAUUUUCCGAUUCGUUACGGAGAUUGGGUACCUCCACCACCCCAACCGAUGACAAACAAGCAUUUGAUAACUUCGUUUGGCUUUCUUCACGAUGUCUAUCUAUUGAUUAAUAUGUCACAAGCAUUGAGUAGAAAAGAAGAUACAAACACGUAUACAAUACUUUAUCAAAAACUUGCUGAAGAAUUCCAUCGCGUUUUCUUUAAUUCGUCUAUUAAUUCGUACGCCGAUGGUAUGCAAGCAGCACAAGCACUUGCCCUAGCUCUACCAGGUGUUGUACCAGCGAACGUUCGAUCAGCUGUAGUCGAUAAGCUAGUUGCAGACAUUCGACAAAAUGAAAAUCAUGUAACAACGGGCAUCGUAUCCACAGCUCAGAUCUAUCCAGUUCUAUCGGAUAAUGGAUAUCAUGAUUUGGCUCUUGAAUUAAUAUCGUCGACAACAUAUCCCUCAUACGGUUAUAUGUUCACGAAUCGUUUUGAAAAUGCAACAACAAUUUGGGAACUUUGGAAUGCGCCGUUAACAGGGCCUGGUAUGAAUUCUCGUAAUCAUAUCAUGUACGGUAGUGUUGGCGCAUGGUUUUAUUCACAUUUGGCUGGUAUUGACCUUUCAUCGAAUGUACUUACCAUUCGACCUCGCAUGGCUUCAGAAAUAAAAAAACAUCUGAUGUCGAAAUUAGAUUGUCAAUUGAGUACAUUGUACGGACGUGUUCAUGUCUCCUAUACGCGCAAUGAGCAGGAUACUGCUCCAAAAUCGAUUCUACUUCGUGUUACUAUACCACCGAACGUACAAGCUCGCGUUAUGUUUGAACCAUUGUUUCCUGGCGCUCAAUGUCAGACUCUGACUGAAAAUAAGAAAACGAUUUGGUCAUCCCAUACGAGCAUGAUGAAUGUACGAGAGUUCAUAGUGGAAAAAGAUUCAUCAAAUGAAUUAAUGGUGGUCCAUGUUGGUUCGGGCCAUUAUGAAUUUCAUGCAUCAUGGCAAUAG